AUGUCAUCCACACAAAACACACCAAAAAGGACAAGAACCCAAACAGACCCCACCACGAAAGCGGGAAGUUUUGAGGGUUUCUUUCAGAACAUCACAUUGAACUCUGUUUUUAUUAACACGGAUGCGGUGCUGAAAUUGUCUUCCUACGGUGAUGUAGCUCAAAAUGCUAGUGAGGAAAAGUUUAGAGAAGACAUCACCUCUGUCGGAUCGAUACUUGCACGUUUACUACUUGAAGAAGGGUCUUUCUUGAAGCUAUUAAAAAUCAAAAGUCAUAAUGAGCUGGAAUGGCGAACGAUCAUGCAGGGCAAUGUCGAAUCGGGUCUUGUUGAUUUCCAUGCUCGCAACAUGCUUUAUCUCCUUCUCGGCUCUUCAUGCUCUCUAUCGGAUCUCCUUCGGCAUCCUUAUAUGCUCACAUUCCGCAAAAAUGCGGUAAAGUGCCGCUUAUCGAAGCAGAGCAUAAGGAUCUCUCAGCACUCAGUCUCAACGACGUUCACGAUUGUUGCGAGAUGA